AUGGAGAUUGAUUCUGAUUUCCAUAAAAUGAAUAUCAAACCACAAGAAGAAGGCGACACAACGAUACCCAUGGACUCUGAAGGCUCUUCUACCGUUCAGAAUGACAAGGGUAAAGAAAAUGAGGAACUUACUAACUCAAUGAAGAAACUGCAAGUUGAGGAGUCAUCUUCGGGGCAGGCAGGGUCCAGCUUCAAGAAAAAACCAGUUAUUAUAAUUGUUGUGGGCAUGGCAGGGAGUGGUAAAACAACCUUUCUUCAUCGGUUGGUUUCCCACACACGUGAGUCCAACAUACGUGGCUACGUGAUGAAUCUCGACCCAGCUGUGAUGACUCUCCCAUUUGGUGCAAACAUUGACAUAAGGGAUACUGUUCGCUACAAGGAGGUGAUGAAACAGUUCAAUCUUGGACCAAACGGGGGAAUUUUGACCUCACUCAACUUGUUUGCUACCAAGUUUGAUGAGGUUGUCUCAGUCAUUGAGAAGCGAGCAGAUCAACUUGAUUAUGUUCUUGUGGAUACUCCUGGUCAGAUUGAGAUAUUCACUUGGUCCGCUUCUGGUGCUAUCAUCACAGAAGCAUUUGCUUCAACAUUUCCUACUGUGAUCGCUUAUGUGGUAGAUACACCUCGUUCAGCUAGCCCAGUCACUUUUAUGAGCAAUAUGCUUUACGCUUGCAGUAUCCUUUACAAGACAAGGUUGCCUCUUGUGUUGGCAUUCAACAAGAUUGACGUGGCCCAACAUCAGUUUGCUUUAGAGUGGAUGGAGGAUUUUGAGGCAUUUCAAGCAGCAGUGAGUACAGAUAGUUCAUACAGUUCAACUUUAGCUCAGAGCCUCUCCCUUGUGUUGGAUGAAUUCUAUAAGAACUUGCGGUCUGUCGGAGUGUCUGCGGUUUCUGGUGCUGGAAUGAAGGAUUUCUUUAAGGCCAUUGAUGCAAGUGUUGAGGAGUACAUGGGCAACUAUAAGGCUGAUCUGGAAAAGAGACGUGCAGAGAAGGAACGUUUAGAGGAGGAACACAGAAAGGAGAACAUGGAGAAGUUGAGGAAAGAUAUGGAGAAAUCCGGGGGAGAGACUGUGAUAUUGAGCACUGGUUUGAAGGACAAAGAUGAGAGGGGCAAAGCCAUGAUGGAUGAGGACGAGGAAGAAGUUGAAGAAGAAGAGGAAGAUGAGAUGUUUACUGAAGAUGAGGAUGCUAUAGAUGAAGAUGAAGAUGAAGAGGUUGGCAGGUUCACCUUUUAG